UUUUGUCUUCAACACGCACGAAGCUCGUGAAUGAUGGCCGAUGGCUGAGACAUCAACAAAACAGAUGAAAAUCUUAAGUUGUUUUAAGAGUUGCAGCCCAAAGAUUUGGAAACAAACAGUGGAUUAUUAUCGGCGCAGCUUUGAAUGACAGCUCAAUUUAAAAGGUACAGAAAGUAUCAAAGUUUUGUUCCACCCUAUUGACACGCACUUAUAAAGAAAUCUUUAAUAGCUGGGGAUAAGAACAUAUAUAGCAAUAUUGCAAGACUAUAUGAUAUCGAUUCACAGUCGGAAAAGCAAAUCAACAUCAUAUUAUAAUGAACUGAAACUUUUGAAUAUAUUUGUCAUAUUUUGAGCAAUGUUUGCAUAAACAGCCAUCUGCCAAGAUUAUUAUUAAGACUAGCGUUUGUACUUGGACGAGCACAGUGAAUCAAACGCUGAAAGUUCGUGUUCAGUCGACGCGAAAUAAACAAUUGCAUUUUGGAACAUCUCAAUUGAAGAAAGAUUGAGGAAAGACAGCCAUCUGAGAGUGAAAUUAGAUGCUUCCACGAAGAUAAAAAAAAAGACUGGAAAAAAGAUUAGUAAUUUUGAGGUAGCGCGAUACAGAAACUUUGAGAGAUAGAAUUCUGUAGAAGAUUUUUGGUAACGAGUUGAAACCUUUAAAGAAUUCUUCAUUUCUAAGAGCGACGGUUGAUCCAAAGAGUAAUGGCUCCUUUUGGGAACCAAACUCACAGCGACUUGAUCACGGGUUUUCCCAAUUCUAAUAAAUCUUGGCUGGCUUUGCUUAUCUUUAUAAACUCCCUCGCGUUUUUUGGCAACGCCACAAUGAUAACUGGAAUUCUUACCACGAAACGAUUUCGAAACCCGAGCCAUUACUUCCUCGUGUCUCUCUGUAUGUCGGACUUGCUCUGUUCCGUCUUGGUCAUGCCCUUCGGAAUCGAGACAGCCGUAAGUGGAACGUGGGAAAAUGGCGAAGCGACGUGUUAUUUUUGGCUAAUUGUAGAUAUGAUGUGCUGUUCCUCGUCUGUUUUGAACUUAGCAUUGAUAUCCUUAGAUAAGUACCUAUCUAUCAUUAAUCCUUUGCGCUACGCAGAAUUUCAAACCCCACGAAAUGCGCUCCUAAUGAUCGCUUUUGUUUGGCUGGAAUCGAUGAUAACUGCGAGCGUGCCUUUGUUCGGUUUUUGGCAAAUGAAGAAUCAUUCUGAAGUGCAUGUUUGUGUCUUCAGCUGGUUCUUCCCGCCUAAAUAUUACAUCUUUGUUCUCAGUGUGAAUCUUCUCUUGCCAUUUGUGGCCAUGCUCUAUGUCUACGGACGAAUUUAUGUCACCGCGAGGCGGCAAUUGCACAGGAUUUCCAUUCUCUUUGUGACGCAGAAUCAAUCCAAUAUGGCCACAAAAAUAAUAAAACAGAAUAAAGCCAGCAGGAAACUGGGAAUGUUGCUGGGUGUAUUCGUGAUCUGCUGGAGUCCUUAUCUCACGCUGACCUUUUAUUUACAGUUUUGUACUCUGUGUCGUAUCCACCCUUUCGUAGUGGACAUAGUGACCUGGUUAGCAUGGAGUAACUCGAGUUACAACCCUAUAUUAUACAGCUGGUUUAACAGGGAGUACCGUCAGAUGUACUGGAGGAUGUUUGGCUGUGCAAAUCGAAAUCAAAUUCGCUUGGCAACGAGUGGGGCCAGAACGGAACGUAAUGCCAACACAGUUAACGCUUCGGCUGUUGACGCUCGAUAAGAUAAUAAAAAAAAUUAUUUCAAUUUGGAAAAGAAUGCGAGGGAGGAAAUGAGGAAAUUUUAUAUAAUAAAUACUACUGACAGAAUGAAAAAAAAAGGGAGAGAUUAAAAAGGUUUUCUCGCGGAAGUUCAGCUGCAGGUUCAAUAAGACAGGACAUUUCAUGAAGAAAUGGAAAUAAAAUACCCUCAUAGGAGCCAAAAUUUUAAAGAAGGUAGCGCAAAAAACGAACUGAACAUUAACACUCUA